AGGUAUGAUGAUGCAUUGAAAAAAUUUGACGACAUCUCGUGAAUAAAAAAAUAUAAAAUAGAAUAAUAUCAAAGAGUGAUGUAUGUGACAAGAACAACAAGGACUCGAUACAGAAAAGAAAUGAUAAGUUUUUGUCAUGAACAACAUCUUUGAAAGUAUUAACAAACAUAAUCAAACGGUAUUGAACGAGACUAAAAUUCGUGCUAAAUCUGUACCAAGAAAUUUACGUGAAAAUCGUUACGAAGAAUUUGAUAUCUUAUGUGCAGAGAGUGAUAAUGAAUCGAGAAAAAUUAAUGUUGAAAGUUCAAAAACGAAGAAGAAAAAGAAACGAAGAUACUUAACAAUUUGUACAAAUAAUUGCAAAUACGAAGUAGUAAGACGCGUAGCAACACGAUUUGGUAUGAAAGAAGUUACCGAAGACAGUAGUUGGAAUUUAUAUUGGACAGAUUUAAGUGUCAGUAUAGAACGUGCCAAGGAUAUGAAAAGAUAUCAAAAGAUCAAUCAUUUUCCUGGAAUGACAGAAAUCUGUAGAAAAGAUUUAUUAGCUAGAAAUCUUAAUCGUAUGUUCAAAUUAUUUCCAAAGGAUUAUAAUUUUUUUCCUAAAACUUGGUGUUUUCCUGCCGAUCAUGGUGAAGCUAUUGCUUAUUCAAAGUUACAUCGAUCGAAAACAUUUAUAAUCAAACCGGACACUGGUUGUCAAGGACGUGGAAUUUAUUUGACAAGAAGUUUGAAGGAUGUUAAACCUAAUGAACGUUUGAUCUGUCAAGUUUAUGUUUCUAGGCCAUAUUUGAUAGACGGAUACAAAUUUGAUCUUCGUAUUUACACAUUGAUAACAUCGUGCGAUCCUCUACGAAUUUACGUUUACAAUGAUGGCCUAGCAAGAUUUGCUACGAGUAGAUACAAGGAACCAUCUUGUCAUAACACAUCCAAUGUUUUUAUGCAUUUAACUAAUUACGCUGUUAACAAACACAGUCGUAUGUACAUUGUCGAUGAAGAAAUUGGUAGCAAAAGAAAAAUUUCCACAUUAUUGAAAUGGUUAAAAAUGAAAAAUAUCGACGUUGAUGAUUUAUGGAAUAAAAUAGAUGAGAUUAUUAUCAAAACUAUACUUGCUGCACAUCCAAUACUUAAACACAGUUAUCGUACAUGUUUUCCAACUCAUGACAAAACUUAUGCAUGUUUUGAACUUUUAGGAUUUGAUAUUUUACUCGAUUGGAAAUUAAGACCAUAUCUGUUAGAAGUCAAUCAUUCACCAAGUUUUCAUACAGAUGCACAAAUUGAUAAAGAUAUUAAAGAAGCUUUGUUGAUUGAUACAUUUGAAAUGUUGAAUCUACAACAGUGUGAUAAGAAAAAAAUUAUUGAAGAAGAUAGAAAACGUGUACGAGAUCGAUUACUUCAGGGUGUUAUAUUGAAAGAUUUGAAUUCAAAUCAUGAUAAUACAAUGAUGAAUGUAUUAAAAUUGGAAAAAACUGAUCGAGAUUAUAUCGAAAGACAAUUUAAAUGGGAGGACGAUCAUAUUGGUAAUUUUCGUCGAGUAUAUCCUUGCAAGGAUGAUAAUAAAUAUCAACAAUUUUUCAAACAAAGUGGUACUACAGUUUUUCAAGAAACUGUAGCUUCACGUGCACGAGAGGAAGCUUCUAAAGUUCAAAGAGAAGAAAAGGAAAUCAGAUUGAGAGAACAAGAGAGUAAAAGGAUCAAUGGUAGAUGGUGUGAUCAAAAAAUAAUUCCUGAAAGUCCAAAUGUUCAACAAAAAAAUAUUCCUAAACGAUUGGAACAGAAAUCUUUUACUUAUUUCAAAAAAAUGAUACCACAAAAAGCAGCACCAAACUUAACAAAAAAUUCGAACAAAGUUCUGUCAUCGUUUGAACCUGAAAUAAUAUCAGAAUCUGAAGAAAGAGAAAGAAUAACUGCAUUAGUUCAACGUGAUUUUCUUUUAAGAAGUUAUGGUAUACUUGAACAAAUUUACAUGGCUAUGAAACAGAAUGGUACACUUAGGGACAAGGAUGUAAAAAAAUAUGGGCUUUAUGGAAAACUUGCAUUGAAUAAUGAUCAAAAUUUAUUGUCACAAACAUUUCAUCAUUCAGCUUGUCAAGAAAGAACAUUGAAUAUUUGUAAUCAUCAUCAUAAUGAUCAUUCUAAUCAUCGAUUGAAUCAUUAUUGA